AUGAGCAAUGAGCACUACCAAUUGUAUGAUGAAAUUAGGCUAUUUAUGCUCUUGAUUCGCUUCAAAGCAUGGGGCGAGGCUUGUGGUCUCGAUGACCCACAAUCUAGAGUCCAAGAGCUUGACGAUCCCAAUUUACGUGUGACUGUUGAAAUUGCAAUGAUGCGGAUCAUAGAGCUUUUAACUAACACAGAAAAACUGCAAGGAAGUCGAAGUCAAGAUUCACCUGUGAUGCUACCAUCCACCAACUCUGCCAUACAACAAAGAAUUCGGGGCUUUUUUAAAGGUUCAACCAGAAGAACAGACACCCACACAACUUACUCUUCCAUAAACACUGAUACCAGGGAGGGACUCGGUGAGAUCAUUGGGGAAUUGAGCAAUUCUGUGAAUGAUGUGGAAUCCGUAACAAACACAAGCCCUGCAAUUGCAGACCGGCAACAGCGCAACAUCGAGCAAGAGAUCGAGUCAAUCUCAGAUAUAUCUAUUCUCGAGCGGCUCGAGACUGCUAGAUCUGUUUUGAGCGAUACUGUGUCCGACGCGGCAAGUAUAAGACUUAAAAGACUUCUGGGUCACUCCGAUAUCAAUCCGUCAAUUCUAUCGCAUGACCCUUCCUUCCGAACGGCGCAUACUCAGCUACCAUUUAAUCAAACAAAUUCUCAAGAACUUGAAUGCGAGUUCCAAGACCUGGCGAUUAAAACGAGCGCCGAAAACUUGAACUCUCUAUCGUUGGCGAACGACACACAGCACACAAAUAGGAACGCCGGGGAAUUGGCCACUCCCGUCUCACCGCAAUGGAGAGCUAACAGCAAAACGGCGCAGUACGGGUCCAAGCUGGAGUCAAUUAAAGACGUGAAUGAAGCCCUCUGCAUGAAACAAUUCUCAAUGCCGGCCAAUAUCAGAGCACUCGAAGCCGAUAUCGAUAAUUCGACAGAUUGGCGUCGAAGACGCUUGUUAAAGGAUCUUCAUAGGACUAUUCACGAUGGCACGGAAGGGUUCAGCGUUUCACCUAUCAAUGACAGUAUUUAUCAUCUUAGAGCGUGUAUUGAAGGCCCCCCAGAUACACCUUAUGAAGAUGGGAUUUUUUGGAUUGAUAUGCAAAUCCCCGAAAAAUACCCAUUUGCGCCCCCGAAAAUGCGAUUUGUAACCAGAGUUUAUCAUCCGAAUAUUGAUUCUCGUGGAGCAAUUUGCGUGGAUUUUUUGGAGCCGAGCGAAUGGCACCCCGUUUACAAACUGGAGCAAGUUUUACUUUCCAUAAUCUCGCUGUUGGCACAUCCAACUACUCAAGAUGUUGAAGAGCCGUUGGUUCCUGAGAUUGCAGAAACAUAUCUCCAGGAUUAUGAUUUGUAUUGCCAGAAUGCGCGAAAGUAUACCCAUCUGUAUGCUAUGAACCCGGAAAUACCAGAGAUCCUUUCAUGA